AGAUUUUCCAGCCUGUUCAGUGUUCAGUCAGUCAGUCAGAUUCGUCUGUCAGAUCGGUUCGUUGCGUUGUCGAGUCGGUCGUGUGAGUCAAAAAAAAACGAGCAGCCAAAUCACCACCUUUUCUUGUUCAUCAUUUCUGUUCGCGUUUCGUUUUCCGUUUCGCUGCGGUGGAAUUUCGGGAGAGGAAAUCUAGCGAUUUGAACAUCAGGAAUUCCGGUGAAAUACGUAUGCCAAGUGCCAAAGGGUAGUUAGGGCAGUGAUUUUCUUUUUCGAAUGGUGUAUUUUAUGUGGCGACCAUAGGCGGAGCAAGGCCUGGGGCAGAAGCAAGCAAGGCGAGAGAGAGGAAGUGACUUGCUGGAAGUUUUUUUUUCCACACCGUGAUCAAAGUGUGCGAGUGUGUGUGAGUGUGGAUUGAGUGGUGAAGAAAACGAAGCAGGCGCGACUCGUCACACGGGUUUACGUGUGGAAACGUCAGAAUUUUGUGUGAUUGUUUUCGAGUUUUGAGAGCUGAAAGGCCGGAGGAGUUCCAGUUUGGGUAGUUUUCUAGUUUCCUGAACACCAGCCAGCACAUCAAAAAUGGAUAAAUUCAUCAGCAUGUGGAAAGUGCGCGAGCUCGCCGACAAGGUGACAAAUGUCGUGAUGAACUACACCGAAAUCGAAGGCAAAGUACGCGAAGCAACCAACGAUGAACCGUGGGGCCCCACCGGACCGUUGAUGCAGGAACUGGCACACGCUACCUUCACCUACGAGCACUUCCCAGAGGUGAUGUCGAUGCUGUGGAAGCGAAUGCUGCAGGACAAUAAAACCAACUGGAGGCGAACGUACAAGAGUUUACUGCUGUUGAACUACCUGGUACGAAAUGGUUCAGAGCGAGUGGUAACAUCCUCGCGGGAACACAUUUACGAUCUGCGAUCGUUGGAAAAUUACACCUUCGUGGAUGAGAACGGCAAAGAUCAGGGCAUCAAUGUCCGGCACAAGGUUCGUGAGUUGAUCGAUUUCAUUCAGGACGACGACAAACUGCGGGAAGAGCGGAAAAAGGCCAAGAAGAACAAGGAUAAGUACAUCGGAAUGAGUUCGGACGCGAUGGGUGGUAUGCGAUACGGGGGCGGAGGAGGAGGUGGUAGCGAGUAUGGGGGCUACCGGGAUAGCUGGGAUCGGAGAACAGAUGAACGAGGAUAUAACGAAGGCAAGGAUCGUUACGAGUACGACUAUCAGUACGACGGAGAACGGGAAGAUUCCGAUACAGAAUCCAAUGGACCUCAUGCCAACAGAUAUUACGACAAGGAGCGCUCUAAAAGCCCUGCCACCCGUCAGCCAUCCUCAACCCUUUCGACACAUUCCGGCAGCGGAUUCUCGCCCUCCUCUUCAUCGACAGCCGCCGAAAAGAAGAUCAACCUGAAUAUCAAAUCCCCAGCGGCGGCCGCAGCCACGGUAAAAGCAGCGACAAUUGCAGCAGCCUCCAAACCCGCCAAGAAAAUCGACAUGGGAGCAGCGAAAAAUUUCGGAAAAUCCGCCGACCUCGGCAUCAAUUCGCCAACGCACAGAAACACCCACGCAGAGGAAAUCAUCAGCACUUCGGACGUCGGCAGUGGGAAACCGCCGAGUAAUGAAAUCUUGGAGGAUUUGUUCCGAACCUGCCCGGCGCCACCUUCGGUAGGAAGUCCUUCCAAAGACACCGACUUUGAUGAUUUUAAUCCUCGGGCGGACGAUACCGCAGCAUCCGGUACCGGUCCAGAGUUUGGCGAUUUUGAGUCAGCGUUCGGUAAACCGGCACCCAAGGCGGCGACAGUCGGUGCCAGUAGUGGCGGAGAUGAUUUUGCCGACUUUGGGGCAUUUGGAUCGGCGCCAUCGGCAGCACCUGCUGCUGCUGCUGCCGCAACGAGUGACCUGUUCUUUGGACUGAGCACGAGUGCCACACCAGCUGCACCGGUUGCUACCGGUGGAGUGAAUUUGUUCGGAAUGUCGCCUCAGCAAUCGCAGCCUCAGAUGCCACAGCACUCAGCUGCCAACGAUCUGCUGUCUGAUUUGGGCGGAUUGAGCCUGGGAAGCACGAAUGUGACGCAUCGCGACGCCUCCGGUGAACGGAGAUCGACUCUCCAGGGUUGCACCCGAGACCUGAUUGCACUUCUGCAAAGUGUACCGGAAAUUCGCUUCGAGCAACAGCUGGACGCGAUUCGGCGGCAGUUGGACCACCUGCUGGAAUGCCUACCAGGACCGAGAACUCCGGAGCAGUUGAUCAGAUUCGACGACGACCAGCGUACGCUGGAUUGGGUAAAGUACGCUUCAGAUCAAUACCCGGAUUUGCUGGAAGAGUUGAUCGCGAGAUUUGAUCGGGAGUUCCCCGGCAAGGAGCCGCACGUGGAUGCGAGGAUUAUGAGGAUCUUUGGUAUUGACUACAAUCACGUAUUCGUAGUGGAGAGUUUGGCAAUGCUAACUGCAGCAGAUAAAGUCAGCCAAAACAGAGAAGUAUUACCAUUUAUAUUGAGUAGAUUAGUACAGGAUGGCGAGUAUUUAGGCGGAUGCUUUGUUGAAUUAAGCUUGAAUCAAACCGAAUCCACCGUCACACCAUCGAAGCACCACCAUUGGCACAAAUCCGAGCAACUGGUUCAAAUUUUGGCCAGCAUUCCAAACAAGGUGGCCAAUGUACUACAACGGGAUACACCAGAUACGUUCCUACCAGAACGGUAUUCUCAAAUUAUGCUCCAACAAAUGCUUAGAGCAAUUAAUUCACUAGCCAAAAUCACCCAUCUACACACCCACCUCUCUUACGACACGACAUUCCUUGCAAAGCUAUUCAGCAAACUGAUUGUAGAUUACAACUUUGAUAAGCAAUCGCGUUAUUUACAAUUCUCGCUUCGAAUCCUAACACAUUGGGCGCGGUUCAAUGAUUGCCAACAGAGACCACUUAUCGCAGCGAUUUGCACCGGCUUAUCGCGUCCUGCAGUGGAAGUACUCGCUCAAAUUGCUUUACGCGAAGGAAUUGAUUUGUGCAAUCUUUUCGGGAGCAACGAUUGCACUGGAGAUUGGAACUAUGUCCUCACGAAGAAGAUUCCACUGUUUUGCAGCUUCUCACAGGAUGCAAUUGUUGAGAAUCUGAUAUAUUUGUUGGCGAGGGUGUUCGAAGCGGAAUUGAAGGCAUUAUCCUUAGAAUUAGUGACGGUAUGGUCCAGUCGCACAGGCAUCCAGAAGACAUCAUUCGAACAGCAUCUGUAUCUGUCCAAGUUAUUGGUUUUGUCUAUGACUUAUCUAAAUCAAUCGAAAAAUGGGAAACUGACCGCGGUGGAGAUGCGAGAGUUUCGACGCUUGCUAUUUAGAGGACUAAAGUGCCAUUUGGAAUCACCUGUUAAGGAAAUGAGAUGCGUCGGAAUGAUCGUGUCGGAGGUCAUUUUGGGAUAUUUCGAUGCUUCCGAUGUGGAAGAAGCUAAUAAACUAAAAUUUGAUUACGAUGGAUUUGAUAAAGAUACACUGAACCUAGUUGACUGCUUGCGCAAUUUCAAAAACCGAUGCAGAUUUGUUGAGGAUGAGCUAUCGCAAAACCUAAUCAGCUCAGAAGAAGCACCGAUUGAUCAACUAAUUGAAAAACUGUUUGAAUCUGGAAGUUCAGAAACUCAGCUGCCGUCAUAUGAAAGUUCGCAAUCACAAACGGUAGAGCCCGUUGUUACCGAAGUCGAAGUACUGUCCUUGAAAUCAUCAGACUUCAAAAUAUCCACCAAGCACGGCGAUAGUGACGAUUCUGAACUCGAUUCGGAUGAUGAUUUGGAACCGUACGACAUGUCUAAUGAUACUAAUUUGGAACAAGAACAACAUCGUCCAAAGUAUCUCCUAGAUCUUCGUGAAAUACUUCUAGACACUUCUGAUCAGCAUCCACCGGCACGUUUCGAACUUGCCAUCCAAGCUGCACCAGAAUUGAUCCAGCAGCAGCUACCCAACAACGACAUCAAGCUAGCUCUUGAUCUACUGCAAAUAAUCCUCCCACUUGAAGCUCGCGUCUAUAUGGAAAACUUCCAAGAGUACAAAUUCUCCGCCUUGACUGCUAUAUGCAGCACUUAUCCCAAAGAGUGCGCCGAGUAUCUCUGUCGCGAGUUCCAUUCUGAGCUUAGUAAAUACUCUCUUAAUCGUCGUAUUCUCAUGUUGGACAUCCUUGCCCAAACCGCCAAAGUCCUCAGCAAUCUAGAUUCCACAAAUCAUCAAUCCAAAACUACCACCAGUGAGCAACCGGAACUCACUCCUACGCCAAAAAAUGCCCUGGAUCUGAAAUUCCGCGAAGAGAAUGAAUUACUUCGCAAACGCCAACUAGCGGAACGGAUCGUUCGCGAACGGAUUGCUGGGAAAACGCGCCAUAUCACGUCUCAGCGAUCUACUGCCUCCUCGUCCGUGGGCAGCAAACUUCCGACCGCGAAUCGUUUCUCCGACGUGGCAGGAUGGUUCUUUUUCCCGCUGCUACGAGGCUUCGGAUCCAAGCAGUUUCUUUUUACUGCAAACCUAAAAUUUCAGUACGAUGCCGAUAAUCUCCUGUUGACCACUUUUCUCCAAACGCUUUCGAUUCUCAUGAUAUGUGCGGAAAACUGUCCGAUCGGAAGGAAAUUCGCCCGAGAACUGUUGAACCUGAGUGUGAUGCUGAGGUUUAGUGAGGAACCGAAAGUGCGCCUGUCGGUGCUGCAAGUGUUAUCGUCGAUUUUUCUGGCGCUUCCUAAGGCAAUUCUGCGGCAGGAUUUCUACAUGGACAUAGUUGAGCUGAAGCAGUGGCUCGAGGAGUGCGUACAAGCUAGCGUCGUCAAGGGAGAACCAAAUGAGGAGUGCCGGGAAUUUGCUCGGAAUGUGCUUGUUAUGUGCUAUGGCGCGUUGGCAGAAGAUUAAAAGAGGUACAAAUAGGGUUAUUUCUUCUUUAGUGGUUAACACUAAUGUGAACACUUUCGAAAAAUAUAGAUGUUAAGGUUAAUGAACUUACAAAA